ACGAGUUAAACGAGAAGUAAAAGCAGCACGGACACGAGGGAGAACGAGAAGAACGAGGGAAAAAUCGGAAUCAAAGUGUCGUCGGCCGAGAAGGGAUGCCUACAAAGGGGGAAAGGGGAAAAGCGACGGACUUCAGCAUCGCGGCCAUCAUGGCGCCCAGGGGUCCGUCCUUCGGGCAUUACCACCUGCAGGGCAUUGGCAACGCCGCCGCUACCGCUAAUACCAGCUUGGAAUGUCCAACUGGCAAAGCAUUUGUCGCCAAUUCUGCUCUCGAUCACCGAACGAGGUCGUCGCCGGUAAACAUAGUGGCGACCGCGACCGUAGUCACGGACGAGGCGUUGCUCGCGGACGACGAGGUGGACAACUGCGAAGGCGAGAGCGAAGGGACCGAAAAGUCGACUCAAGAAGAGGACGAAGAAGUCGACGUGGACGUCGAGGAGUGUAGCAGCGUCGACGACGGACCGGUUCACGGCGUGCCGGACGAUCUGAGCACGACGUCCUCCACGAGAAAGUGUCAAGACGCGUACAACGAGCACGAACGGAAACAUCGGUUGAGGACCAGUUGCAACUCGGACGAGCUACGCGACGUCGAGUGUCAUCUCGAAACCAAGGAAUUGUGGGACAAAUUUAACGACCUCGGCACGGAGAUGAUCAUCACGAAAACGGGCAGGCGAAUGUUCCCGACGUGCCGAGUAUCGUUCAGCGGAUUAAAAUCGGAGGGCAGGUACGCGGUGUUGAUGGACAUCGUUCCGGUGGACAACAAACGAUACCGAUACGCGUACCACCGAAGCUGUUGGUUGGUCGCGGGGAAAGCGGAUCCUCCGGCGCCGGCGCGGCUCUACGUUCACCCGGACUCGCCGUUUACCGGGGAUCAGCUACGAAAGCAGGUGGUCUCGUUCGAGAAGGUCAAGCUGACGAACAACGACAUGGACAAGCACGGUCAGAUCGUUCUGAACUCGAUGCACAGAUAUCAACCGAGGAUACAUUUGGUACGGUGUCGACAAACGGACGACAACAAUCUUCGCAUAACGGACCUUCAGAAGGAGGAGCACAAAACGUUCAUAUUCCCCGAGGCAAUUUUCACCGCGGUGACGGCCUACCAGAAUCAGUUGAUAACCAAGCUGAAGAUCGACAGCAACCCGUUCGCCAAAGGUUUCCGAGACUCGUCGAGGCUGACGGAUUUCGAUCGUGACCCGAUGGAGCUGAUGGAGCAACAACUGGUGCGAUGCGGCGUCGCCCCCGUCAGAUUGUACGAGCAUCUCGCGAUGUCGUCGCCGGCAGCGGCUGCAGCGGCCGCGGCCGCAGCUGCGGCGGCAGCAGCCCUCGGUGCCCAGCAGCAGCAGCAGCAGCAGCAACACCAUCAACAGACUCAGCAACAGCAACAACAGCAACAGCAGUCGCAGCACGAGAGUUCGGCGCACGCGUUACCACCGUGGAUGACACCGUCGACGGCGCUUCUCUACGGAACCGUCGGCCAACCGCAUCCCGGAAGCAGAGCCGCCACCGGAACCACGUCUCCGUAUCCGACAGCGGCGGCCACCGCGCCGUUCCCCUAUCCCGCGGCUCUCCCAUGGCCUUGGCAACCGCCACCCCCGGUCGCGAUGAUCUCGCGAAGAUCCUCGCCUCCCACCGCGACAGCCGCCGCCUCCCUUAGGUACACCCCGUAUCCUCCUCCCGCGAGCACGCCACCGCCCCUCAGAGCUCGUCCCACUACCCCUAAUUAGCGAUUCACCGCGGACGCUUAUCCAUAAGAAUCUCCACGCGUAACCUCACCCCGGUCCGUUCCUCGAUACCGGACGGAACCACUCGGACAGCGACGGGGGAACGGAAACGCGAUGCAGCCAAAGAAGAAUCUCUCGAGCCAAGAUUUGCAGCGACGUCGCGCAAAUCCGUGGAUUCUGCUACUACUACUACUUCUACUACUACUAGUACCAC